AUGAUACCAGACCUGCCUGGUUUCUAUGGCACCGACCCACCAAUAUUAGCAAGGAUCUUAGAGCGAGAGCCACAUCUGGUGCAAGAGACAGUGAACAAACCCCUGUCCUCUCUGGAGCCCGAACCAAGAAAGUCAAAACACGCGUUUGAGUUGAAACACAAACAUGAAAGAAAACCUCACUCGUCUUCCUCCAACUCCUCCAUGACAGUCCGUAAGCACUCGGAAAGGCUCCCUAGCUGCGUGCAGGCCACAUCAAUCAAGACAGCCUUCAAGUACAUCAACGUGGUGCUGUCCUGUUUGAUAUUUGCUGUGGGGAUCAUAGGAAACGCCACCCUGCUGAGGAUUAUCUGCCAAAACAAAAGCAUGAGGAAUGGACCCAAUGCUCUGAUAGCGAGCCUGGCUCUGGGAGACUUGAUCUACAUCGCCAUCGACAUUCCAAUCAACGUCUACAAGCUCCUGGCCAUGCGGUGGCCGUUUGCAGACAGUGCAGUUGGCCUCUUCCUCUGUAAGCUGUUUCCCUUCCUGCAGAAAGCUUCAGUCGGCAUCACCGUCCUCAACCUGUGUGCCCUGAGUGUGGACAGGUAUCGUGCAGUGGCGUCUUGGUCACGAGUGCAGGGCACAGGUGUUCCCACCGUUACGGCGUUGGAGAUCGUGGCGAUCUGGCUGCUGUCCGUGGUGCUGGCGGUGCCCGAGGCCAUCGGCUUCAACAUGGUCACCUUCGACUACAAGAACGUUACCAUGAUGACCUGCAUGUUGCAGCCCAAGACACCUUUCAUGAUUUUUUACCGGGAUGCAAAGGACUGGUGGCUGUUUGGCUUCUACUUCUGCGUUCCUCUGGCCUGUUCUGUUGUUUUUUACAGCCUGAUGACCGGUGAGAUGCUCAGACAUCAGAAAGGAAGUCUGAGGAUCGCACUGAGUGAACACCUCAAACAGCGUAGAGAAGUAGCUAAAGCUGUGUUCUGCCUGGUGUUGAUCUUUGCUCUGUGCUGGUUUCCGCUCCAUCUGAGUCGCUUGCUGAAGUGGACCGCCUACAAAUCCAAUGAUGCACACCGCUGCGACCUGUUAAAUUUCCUCUUGGUGCUGGACUACUUCAGCAUCAACAUGGCAACCAUCAACUCCUGCAUCAACCCCAUAAUCCUCUACUUCGUCUCCAAGAAGUUCAAAAACUGCUUCAAGUCCUGUCUGUGUUGUUGGUGUUAUUCUGGCUCUCUCUCUAACAGUAUGCUGCCUCUCCACCAUGGGACGAGCCAGCAAUACAAACACACUGACCACUGA